UUAUGCUCUUCUUCACAUUUGUUCUUCCUGUUCUUUUUGUAAUAUAUUGUUACAUUCGAAUUUUACGAACCCUAAACGAAGCAACUUUUAAUUCAUUCCAUUUAAAUGCUGGAAGUUCUCUAGUCCGUAAACACACAAGCAGUUCACAUACUAACAGCACAUUACUUAAUGCUUUAACAGAAGAGAAUUUGCCUUCUACUAGCAAUAAUUCUAAUAGCAAUACAGCUGGAAAUAAUUCUGAUUUGAAUGCUAGAGACUCUUUUACAAGAAGUUCUUUACGCAGUCAGAGGGCUCACAAGACAGUUAUGAAGAUGUUGAGUGAGUUGACAGUAUAUGUAGAGGUAGGACCGAGAUGA